AUGAUCACGCAUCGCUUUUCCGACCCCGACGACCCCCUAUCGCGCGCUAUCGCCCCUCCUGCGAACGAGACCGCAGAGGAAUGCACCGAGCGUCUAGCACGCGAGGCGCACGCGCAGCACGUAAGCGAUGAAAUCGACGAGGAGCUGCUCCGGGAUCAUCUAGUGUUCAAGAAGAACAAAGGGAUGUUCAAGCUCCUGCUGCUCGGCCAGAGCGAGAGUGGCAAGUCCACCACCCUCAAAAACCUCCAGUUAACGUUCGCCCCACAGGCCUGGCAGGUGGAACGCACGUCCUGGCGCGCAGUCAUCCAGCUCAACCUUGUCCGCUCCGUCAACGCGAUCCUCGACGUGCUCGCUGAGGAGAUGGCCCCACCUGCGCGUGGCACUGGCCCGUACGGCCAGACAUUGCCGACGACCCCGUACACGUCCCUACCCUUUUCCUCAGUCUCCCGCCCUUUGUCACAGACGCAGCAGACACCACCGCAGUUCACGCCAAUGCACGCGCUGCUGAAACUCCGACUCGCGCCCCUCCGCCGCGUCGAGGCGGACCUGAAGCAGCUACUCGGUGCUGCGACGGGGGAAGUGCCAGGCAGUCCCGCGUCGACGAUCGUGAGCCUGUCGCAGUCCAUCCCGAACUCGCCCGUAGUCCUCGUGAAGGCUGAAUCGGCCGACGCGCCGCAGCAGGCAGACGUUUUUGUACGCUCUCACCGCUCGUGGCGGGACGCGCUACAGGAGCAGUGUAAGGACAAGUCGCGGUCGCCGCCUGGUGGGAAUAGGAGGGAGCAGAACCGGAGCGGGGACAUGAAGCGUGCACGGGAGAUGUUGGAUGACGCCACUGAGAUUCUUGCGGGGUGCCGUGAGGAUAUGCGGAUGUUGUGGGACGACUCGGUCGUGCGCGCCAUGCUGCGGAGAAGAAGGCUGAAGUUGGAGGAGACACCCGGAUUUUUCCUGGAUGACAUCGACCGCAUCUCACAACGCGGAUACCAGCCCUCGGAUGACGACGUGCUACGCGCCCGCUUGCGCACCGUCGGCGUGCAAGAGUACAGCCUCGUAUUCGAGGAUGCUCCGCUUGCAACAGCCGCAAUUGACACGGGCGGCCUCGUCUCGAAAGAGUGGAUAAUUUACGACGUAGGCGGCACACGAACGUCGCGCGCCGCGUGGGUCCCGUACUUCGAGGACGCGAACGCGAUCAUCUUCCUCGCGCCGAUCUCGUGUUUCGACGAGCUUCUCGCCGAAGACCGGAGUGUGAACCGGCUCGAGGACUCCUUCGCACUCUGGAAAUCCGUCGUUGGCAGCAAGCUCCUCGCACGCAGUGUCAUCAUCCUGUUCUUGAACAAGUAUGAUUUGCUCCAGGCGAAGCUCGGCAAUGGUGUCAAAGUCAACAAGUCCAUGCCGAGCUUUGGGGACAGGCAGAACACCGCCCCUGUUGUCGCAAAAUAUUUGUAUCAGAAGUUUCGCGAGCAGUACUUGCAGCUUUCCCCCGAGCCACGCACGUUCUACGGGUACCUCACCUCGGUUGUAGACGCAAAGGCUACAGCGUCCACGCUAGCUUCCGUGCGCGAUGGUAUAUUCCGGCAGCAUCUCAAAGAGGCGGAUUUGGUAUGA